AUGUACUCGGCAAAUCGAUCCCAUCGCGCAGAAACGAGAAACCGUUCAAAAGACGAGCUCCGAAAGGUGAUCAACUCAUUGGAAAAAGUCCGCAGGUGGGAGAAGAAACUCGUUCUCAUCAAAGACACCAAUAUUCGAAUUUACAAAUGGGUUCCAGUGAGCGCUCAAAAUAUCAUGGCUCCACCAAAGGCUCAAAUCAAAGAAGUUGACGAGGAGAGCAAUCAGAUUCCAUCAGCUGAGAACUCGCAAGACUCCACGAGUGUCACCCGUCCAGUAGUUAACUUCGAUAUCAACGAAGACUCCAACUUCUCCACUGGCGACAAUUUCGACAGUGACUCGAAUCAAACGUUCGAACCACAAAACUAUCAAGGCGGCGCCACCGGUUCCACUGAUUUCAGUGCGAUGCGUGACGCUGAGAUGGCAUCCAAACCUCAAUAA